GUGUCCCGGAAGUAGAAUGCAUGGAGGACCGGAUGAAGCUGUCAUUCCGGACGGCUCGGCCAUUUACCGGCCGGGUUUUCGUGAAGGGUAUGGUAGACAAAGAUCAGUGCGUGGAAUCGUUCAUCGGAAAUACCAAAACAGAGCUGCAGUACGUAAUGAACAAUGGCCAGUGCAAUAUGAGACGAUCCAGAAAAGUUUCUUAGCUAAAUUCUUUUUUCCGGAAAAUCCAAGUUGCCUUAUUUAUUUAUGAAA